CCAUAUCAUAGUGUUUUUCUAAACAGCGACCGUUUAUACUUAGGAUCAACACAGUGAUUUGGCCAGUGUGAAAGUAGUGCUUUGGUCAAAGUGAAAGUAUGAUAUAAAUUAGUUUUCAGCAUUUAUGCAAGACUCAAAUUUGAUGGAUGUUUACAUGGCUCCCAAGAGAGAAAGCGAUGAUGAAUUUUGCUGGAAGAUAUAUUUGAUUUUAUUUGAAUGAUAAAGGUCUAAGUAGUCGUUCAAAAGGGAAAAACGGAAGUAUCAUAAUACUUUCAAGUAACAAUUGUAUUACUAAGCAACAGUUUAUACAAAACAUGGAACUGGAAAAAGUAGAAUGUUCUUCGUCAGAAGUUGUUUUGCUCAUUAAUGACCCAGCCGAUGAGGAGACGUGCAAUAUUAUUCGAGAGAAACUUACGGACAAUAACAUACUUUGCCAUGGACUGUAUGAAACCCCCGGUGAACAGAUACUUCAGGUAUUUAUGAAUUUAGCUCCAGUUGUAAAGAAAGCUGUAUUCCUCUUCUCACAUUCUUCCUCAGGAAAUAAAGGACUUCAGUACAUUAUGUCUAUGGUUAUUUUCGGAAUAACAAAAGAAAACAUAAUAACAGUAUUCAUACCAUAUGAUAUACCUGUGAUAGAUGGACUCAAACUUCUACAGCAAACAAUAGUUAUAAAAACAGAUUCAGAGUCGUGGCUCGAUGAUUUAGUGGCUGAACUGACAUUAGUUUUACCAAGCUAUACACAAAUAUUGAGCAAAGGGAAUGUAAUAGACAGUCUUAUGUUUCAAGGUUUAUGUGUUCAACAUAUGCAGACAGAUAUUUUAGGAGUUCUAGUGGUUGCUGACAAACUAUGUUUGCAAAUUGAUUUAGACGAGUAUUUGAAACAUCAAGAUCGUCAUCAUGUAUACAAGACAUCAAGGGUGAUAGAAGAAUUCCGCUUUUUACGUAACAUAAAUUCGUCAGUUAUUAUUAUUGUAAACCAGAAAGAACGUCAAAAAGCCCUUACAUCUGCCAAGGAAGAUAUUGGUGCCUUUGCUGCUUCUGUAAUUGACACAUCAAUAGCUUUAGCAAGAUGUGAUUGGUCGGUCGCAUGUACCGUGAAAGGAAAAUUCCAAGCGGAAGAACAACAAUUUCUCUCUGACAUUUAUCCUUGUAUUUCUUAUACUUUGAUGAAUACAUUUAUAGAAUCAAUUAAAGAACCGAUUAUACCACAAUUUGAAAAUGUAGAAGAUAGAAUUGAUUCGUAUCCACAGACAUGGAAAGAUGAAAAUUUUGAAUCUGUUCAAAGUAUGAGCACCGCAGGCUUCUUUUACGCGGGAUUUGGUGAAUCAGGGCGUUGCUUUCAUUGUGGAUGUGUAUUGACAAAUAUUCGUCAACAAGGACUUCCUCUAGUUGCACAUGCAGCCAGAUACCCAACAUGCAGUUAUGCUAAAAGUAAUUUAACAGACGAAGAAAUCACAGAAGCAAUAGCAAAGUUUAAGGGUAUCGAUGAAAAGUCGAAAAUUGCAGAAGCAGUAAAAGAAAAAUUUCAAGAACUUGAUAUCCGAAUAAAAACUUUCGAGUCCUAUGAAAGUAAAAAUGGUCAAACUGACAUUGACAUAUAUGGGGUAGCUGAAGCAGGAUUUUAUUACAUUGGACUCGAAAACAUUGUUCAAUGUUUUCAAUGUAGUGUGAGAUUUUACGGAAUACCAGGUGAUCAAAGUCCUUGGAGUAUGCACGCAUCUCUUUCACCAACUUGUGCUUAUGUAAUCAAAGAAAAGGGGGAGAACUUUAUUAAGGAACUUCAGACAGCAAAAGAUCAAACAUUGAAUUCAGAUUACACGGUAAUAACAUUUAUAAGAAAAACAUGUGACAGUACAAAACGACGAGAGUGGCCAAAGAAUUUAUUUCGGCCAUGGUGACAUUAAAGAGUUUCACUGAAUAAUACCGUACAUUUAUAAACAUUGCAAAGUUUUCAGCAAUAUAUAGGUGACUAAAAAUUAUGAUGAGUUCUGCAUUGAUCAGAGUUUAAAGAAAAGCAAUAAUAUUAUUUGUUAAACUGUAUAUUUAAAUAUAUGUACAAAUAUAUAUUGUCUAACGUU